AUGAGAACUAGUAAAAGAAGCCAGUGUGGUUACUCAAAAGAACCUAAUGAACAUACGAAAACUACAAAUAAAUGGGAAGAGAAGUACAGACAGGUAAUCCAGAACUGCAUAGUCAGUAUCAAGAAAGAAAUGGCAAUAAUUAUGUUCAAAGCUUCCAAAUCUUUAUCAGAUAUAAUUAUUUGGACUUUCAAGAUUCUUCUACAGACAGUGCUGUACUUAUUGUGUUUCACAAUUGAUGCUGUAGCUCUGUUUGUCCCUUCCCAAGAAGAGAAAGUGUCAUCUACAGUGGUGCCUGUUAGAGAUUUCAUCUUCUCUGCAUAUGUAUUUCCUGUUGGUUUAUUUGUAGCUGUUGCUUUCUGGGGCCUUUAUGCCAUUGACAGAGAACUAGUGUAUCCUAAAGAGCUGGAUGAUAUUAAUCCGAAUUGGCUUAAUCACAGCAUGGAUGCUUUUCUAAUUUUCCACAGUUGUUCACUUUUGCUCCAUAUUUAUUUUUCUUUCAGCUACAUCCGCUACUCUCAGAUCUGUGCAAAAGCAGUAAGAGCAGCCCUGAAACCUCAGUUUAAAGCAGAGGCAGAGAAAGCAGCUGGAAGUAAUGUAAAAAUUAUAAAACCCAAAAAGGAAUAACACAAAACCCAUUUUCUGAAAGGAAAAAUGACAACUCGUUGGUAUGCUUGUGGACAGUUGCUUCCCAUUUUGUGAAACCACCAUGUAUAUAUAUAUAAAUGAACCAUGCCAAUAAAUGAAACUUAAUGCAAAUUUUUUUAGUGAUUAUGUUUUAUCAAGCAAUAAUGAAAUUCCUUUUCAAGGAAUUGAGUUCUAUUGGAUUGUAGCUUAUUAAAAAUUUGUUUUCAGUUUAA